ACAAUAGAGACAACCUGAAGGGAAGCACAUUGCCACUCUGAGACAGGAGCCUCUCUGACAACCGCAGGAGUCGCUCUGUAAUCCACCUGAGAAUUACUUCAUUUUUUUUAUCACUACCUAUAUCUUUUUUUUAAUAUUUUUCUUUCGAUGACUGAGAGCCACUUUGAAUCGAGCAGCAACUCUUCUGCCCGCGGAGUCUCCGAGGAGCUUCCAAGUGGACAACGUGCCUCCUGCUGCGGUGGCCGCUCACUCUGGCAUUGACUGGUUUUCAAAGUGGAACGUCUGACAGCGGCUACUGGGAUGAAUUCGUCCGGCGUUGCCCGGUUUCAAGAAAUCAAUAGAGCAUCUCUCCAACUUUGACUUGGACGGCUCCUCCUUGGAGUACAAAGGAGAUGCUGAUGCAGCCCAUGGAAAGCCUGCACACUCUUUAAGGUCGAUUUUUGUUUUCAGCAAAGGACUUUAUCACCCUAAAGUGAUUUGAAUUACUUCAAAGAGCAGAAAAAGAGUUGAGAUAUAUUUGAGAUGGACGCCAGUGAGCAACAGAAAAACCUGAGAUAUUUUUAAGUGACACUUGACUGCAGAUAUCUCUUUGCACCUGAAAAUGAAUUGUCACCACAUGAUAAUGGACUGUUUAUCUUUCAAAGUUCAAUUUACUGUUUCUCUUCUGUUUUCAAGACUCUAAAUGUCAACGAGGUUGUCGACUCACCGGUACGAUCUGCACAGCUCAUCUGACUGCUAUGAUAGUGAGAGGACCGAUUGUCUCUAUGGAGUGUGGUGAUGCCUCUGUUAGACGCUCUCCCACUUUGUGAAAACGCUGCUCAGAUGCACAGUACCAGGCCUUGACUUUAAUCUGACUCUAGUGUGUGAAUGCAUGGAGACGAUGGGGCAGCAGGUAAACACCAGCAGCCUUGGCCAAAUCACCCGGGCUGAUGAGGCUUUGGUUAAAGCCCUGGUGCCCAUCUUAGACGGGCUGAUCCUGGUGACUGGCCUUGUGGGCCAAACCCUCGUCAUCAUCAUCCUCAGAGGCAGGCGGAGGAAGGAGAGUCAACCCCCGCACGGCACCGACACCCUCCUGCUGGCCCUGAGCGCUGCCGACCUGCUGCUGCUGCUCUGCCUGCCCUUCCACACCUCCGCCAUCACCCUGGGUUUCUGGCCGUUCGGCAGCUUCCUGUGCAAGGCCAUCAGCUUCCUGGGCGUGGCCUGCUCCGCCGCCUCGGUCUUCACCCUGGCUGCUCUGGCUGUGACGCGCUACCUCACCGUGGUCCACUCCGCCUGUGCGUACCGCUUGCGGAUGCACAGACGCAUCAAGCUGACCGUGGCCCUGCUCUGGGUCCCGGCAUCGACCCUGGCGGCGCCGCAGUUCGCCUUCCGCACGGUGACCAUGUCCGGCGGCGUGUACUGCUUCGCCUUCCUGUCUGACUUCAGCCAGCUGGUUUACAGCAUUGCUCUAUUCCUGUUUGGCUUUGCCCUACCUCUAGGCAUCAUUGUGUUGAUGUACGCCAAGAUCUACUGUUUCCUUCGACAUGCGCGGCUGCUGGGGAACGCGCUCCAGCUGGAACGCUACCAGAGUCAGGUCACUCACACCUCAGCUCUCCUGGUGCUGGUCUUCACUCUGCUGUGGCUGCCCUCCUACGCCCUCAUGUUCUCCUUCAUCGGUGGGACGGUAACAGACUCGCCCGGCUACAAUAUCAUUGCCAUCCUGGCCAGACUGCUGGCAACCUCGGUGGCCGUGGUGAACCCUGUACUGUAUGGACUCAUGUCUCAGAAGUUCAGACGAGAUUUGCUGGAGCUGGGGAGAGAGCGCUGGGCCUGGUGCAAGAGCUGCGUGAUCGUGUGUCCUCAGGUCGUGAGCAGCGACAUGGUGCAGCCCUUUGAGCUGGACACCACGUCAGACAGAGGACAGAGUCUUUGACCAGAAGGACAAAUACAGUGCUACCUCAUUGCUUCCUGGAAAUAG